AUGACAAUUUUAACAAUUGAAAAUAAAAGAAGGAGGUGGUCGUCCAAGAAAAGAUCACCGGGAAAUCUCUUUCAAGAACAGCUCCGAUAUAAUAAUUGGAAAAUAAAACAGCCUUCCAACUCUUCCGAAAUACAGUUAAGCAGGAAAAAACUUUUAAAUUUAUGUCUCAUUCCAGAGAUGAUUGGCGGCAUCAGCGAUCCAAUACAAACCGUUCAUGCCAAUGAGUUUCUCCAUAAAAUAAUCCGGGAAUCAUGGAUUGGCCUAAACAGUCCUGACUUAAAAUCCAAUGGAAAAUCUAUAAGGCAAUUGUUAAGGGCAAUGUAA